AUGGAAUCCAACUACCAGCCACAGACAGAUCUAGCAUCCAUCCUGCAGACUCUACGAGCCUAUGCUCCGUCUCAGCAGCAAGCCCCUGAAGCGACUUACCAAACCCAAGCUCUUCAGGCCCAUCACCAACCUCAAGCGCCACCUCAAACCCCCGAUCUCGAAGAAGACGAAUACGACCCUUCAACCUACGACCCAUCGCUCCCUCUCAUCACCGCACCUCACCCGCAAGCAGCUCCCGCCCACGCACCAGACGCACAGCCCCAGCGACCGCCUCCGACCCCCGAAACACGCCCCCGCCUAGAAAAGACCACUCCGUCCUAUCCCCGCCCACCUCCCGAACCCACGCCGGCCGCCAAACCACCGGCCUCGACCCCCGGCCCCAAGAAGGCACACGCGCCGCCCGGCCACCGUCCCGCCACGAUCACCACCUGGGCGCCCGCUCUCCGGCACGUCACGGGCCAAACGACGGCGGAUCCCGGGUUCGGGCACAGGGUGCGGCAUCUCAUCACGACCCAACGCAAGCACGAGCGGCAAUGGUGGGACGGGCGCGAGGAGUUGAAGAAACGGCUAGCGGGCCGGGAGGAGGGGAGGAAGAAAUUGGACAGCGUCCUGGGUUCGCUCGGCGGUCAUGUCAACGCCUCGAAGACGGACGAGUUCUCCGAGGAGGAAGAGCUGAGAAUGUAUGACAGGAAGGUGUAUCAAGCUUGCGGAGAGAUGGUGGCGGCUACCGUGAAGGAAUUGAAGAAAUUGGAGGUGCCGUUCUUCUGUACUGUGGAGGGACUGGUGAGUCCGAAGGGGGAUGGCAAGGCGCAGGGAAAGAGGAAGGGGACGGUAUCCGAGGCGGAGCUGGCGGAGUUGAGGGGCAGGAUGAUGGUGUUGUUGGAGGAUCUGUGCGGCGAGGAGGAGUGA